CUCCACGACAAGGCAGCCUGCGAGCAGUAACUUUCUCAGAUUGACACAGAAUGGAGAGAAGCUGACGCACCGUUAUUUACCGGACCGUUAACUCUUCUCCUCCAGCCUUUCCUCAUGCCAUCGCAGCCUCCAUGCUGUGUUGAAGCAAGAAAAAAGACCUGAAAGAUACUUUGUAAAACUUUCUCCACUGAAGAGCCUGGCAGUUGGUUCUUAUCGUUUUUUCUCUAAUUUUUUUUUUGGACACUUUCACAGCGUUAUUACGCAUGAUGCGCAAAGGGAUGGCUUCUCUGCGGAAACACAAAACGGGAGUACAAAGUGUUUUUUAUGUCUGUCUCUCCAUUUCAGUGGCUUAUUCUUACAAUGUAGACUUAGAACAUCCUUUAGUGUUCCGCGGACCAAAUUCUAGUUUUUUUGGGUACUCUGUGCUGGAGCAUUAUCAUGACAACACACGCUGGGUAAUAGUUGGGGCACCGAGGGCAAACUCUUCCUACAGUAGCUCUGUGCACUCUCCUGGAGCUGUAUAUAAGUGUAGAGUCCACAGCAACCCAGAGCGCCGCUGCACAGAGAUGGAUCUGGGAAGAGGAAACAAGCCGAGAGAGUCGUGUGGGAAGACUUGCCAAGGAGACAGGGACGAUGAGUGGAUGGGGGUCAGCUUGGCCCGCCAGGACAGAGCCAACGGCAAAAUACUGGCUUGUGCUCACCGCUGGAAAAACGUGUACUACGACUCAGAGCACAUCCUUCCACAUGGGUACUGCUCCAUCAUACCUCCAACGCUUCAGGGCAGGACGAAGCCGCUCAUCCCUUGUUAUGAAGACUAUAAGCAGAAGUAUGGGGAAGAGCACGGCUCAUGCCAAGCUGGGAUUGCGGGAGUUUUUACAGAGGAGCUGGUGGUGAUGGGUGCACCGGGGUCAUACUACUGGACGGGGACGAUCAAGGUGUACAACCUGACCUCUGACACCUUCUACAGCCCCAACAAAGACGAUGUCGACUCCCACAGAUACAGCUACCUUGGCUACGCUGUGACUGCUGGACACUUCUCCUCUCCUAAUGUAAUAGACAUAGCUGCAGGGGCGCCUCAGCACAGCGGCAGUGGAAAAGUUUACAUUUUCAAAAUUGAUGGUGCGUCUUUGGUGAAGAGUUUUCAAGCCUCAGGGAAAAUGAUGGGCUCUUACUUUGGCUCCUCAUUGUGUGCAGUUGAUCUGAACCAGGACGGCCUGUCGGAUCUGCUGGUGGGGGCACCCAUGCACAGCCAGCUCCGGGAUGAGGGCCAGGUGACUGUGUACCUCAGCAAGGGCAACGGUGUGAUGGAAGAAGACGCUGUGUUGACUGGUGAUAAUGCUUUCAAUGCGCACUUCGGGGAGUCGAUUGCUGCAAUUGGAGACAUAGAUGACGACGGUUAUCAAGAUGUAGCUAUAGGAGCGCCUAAAGAGGAUGACUAUGCAGGAGCUGUGUACAUCUACCACGGAGACGCCGCAGGAAUCACCAGAAAAUACUCCAUGAAACUGUCUGGACGCAGUGUAAACCCUGGUCUGCAGAUGUUUGGCCAGUCCAUCUCUGGCAUGGUGGACAUGGAUGGCAACGGAUACACAGAUAUCACCAUUGGAGCUUUUAUGGCGGAUAGUGUGGUGCUGCUGAGGUCCCGGCCUGUUAUUACAGUGGAUAUCUCCAUCUUUCUUCCCGUCUCCAUCAACAUCUCCGUGCCUCAGUGCCAUGAGGGCCACCAGAACCUGAACUGCUUCAACGUCACCGUCUGCAUGCGUUUCCGAGGUCGACAGCUGCCUGGACAAAUAGAGUUGCUGUACAACUUGACUGCUGAUGUGGAUAAGCGAGAAAAGAGCCAGCCUUCCCGGAUUUACUUUGCCCAGGGCGGAUCUCAGGUCAGCCAGAUGAGCCAGCAGCUCAGCCUGGACAUCAACAGAGAGCAGUGCCAGCGCUACACUGCCUACGUUAAGAAAGAUGUGAAGGACGUGUUCACAGCCAUCACAUUCGAGGUGGCCUAUAGUCUGGGGAGGCACAUGCUGACGGGACACCAGGACCGAGACCUGCCAGCGCUCACUCCAGUGCUACGAUGGAGGAAAGGGAACAAGAUUGCAGUGAGGAAUGAGACUUGGUUUGAGAAGAACUGCCUGUCAGACGACUGUGCUGCAGACCUCAGGCUUCAUGGGAAACUGCUGCUCUCUGGAUUACAUAGUAAACCCCAUCUGGCCCUCGGAGGAGUGAAGAACGUCUCCUUGAACCUGACCAUCUCUAACGCUGGAGAUGACGCCUACGACACCAACAUCUACUUCAACUUCUCCAGAGAGGUUUUCUACAUCAACUACUGGCAGAAGGAAGAGAAGGGUAUUUCCUGUGCACUUGUUGAUUUGGACUUCCUCAAAUGCAGAGUGGGAUUUCCCUUCAUGAGAGCGCAGACUAAGUAUCAUUUUGCAGUGAUUUUUGACACCAGUCAGCUCUCUGGGGAAAAUGAUACGUUGCAGUUCUUAGUUCAAGCAAAAAGCGCCAAUCCUGAGCACAAACUCUCCGACAACAGUUUAGAUCUUUCCAUCCCUCUGAUUCAUGAGACAGACACCACUAUUACUGGUGUGGUAGCACCGAGCUCUUUUGUCUACGGAAACUCCAUCGAUGCCUCCCGCUUCAUCCAGCUAGAAGACAUGGAGUGCAACUUUCAGCUUCUCAAUCUCACUUUCCAGGCCAUAAACAAGGGGCCCAGCAGGCUGCCUGGCUCCACUGUGGACAUCAGGAUACCUAACCGGCUGGCUGGCAGCGGAGCUGACAUGUUCCACAUCAUUGAAACACAGGUGGCCGAUGGUCGAGGGAACUGCACCCCUCACAAGAACCCGACACCGUGCACCAUCCCCCAGGACAGAGAGAGCAUCUUCCACUCCAUAUUUGCCUUCUUCACCAAAUCAGGGCGCAAAGUCUUGGACUGCGACCGGCCUGGAAGAGCAUGUAUGACGAUCUCCUGCAGUCUGGGACCGCAGCUAAAGGAAGAAGCUUUGAGCAUAGAUGUAAAACUUCUGCUGAACACUGAAAUCCUGAAGAGGGAUAGUUCCUCUGUCAUCCAGUUUGUGACGAGGGGAAGCGUGCAAGUAAAUGACAGGGCAGUAGAGGUGCCAAAUGGCCUGCCGGAGGACAUUUCUCUGGUGUUCGAGGCGCUCCACAGUCAAGAGCCGAGGGGUUACAUCGUUGGCUGGAUCAUUGCCAUCAGUCUGCUGGUGGGAAUCCUCAUCUUUUUGCUGUUAGCUGUGCUACUCUGGAAGAUGGGAUUCUUCCGUCGGCGCUAUAGAGAGAUCAUCGAGGCUGAGAAGAACAGGAAGGACAGUGAUGAAAGCUGGGACUGGAUGGAAAAGAACCACUGAGACUUGCAGUGGAGGUCCCGGAGGAGCCAAUGAGAUUAGGGAUUGGGUCGAGAAGGAUCCAAUAGCACGGGGUCUCUCAGCCCAGCCGCCCCAGUGGCACCAGGCCCUUCAAGUCUUCCAUAUGUGGAAGAGAGGAAUAUUCUCCAUAUUUUUUGGAGACUUUUUUUUUUGUGGGUGGGGGGUCCAGGAAACAGGCUUCUGAGGUGACAGUGUGGCUUGCCAGAGGACACUUGCUGUGGAAUUCAGCUAAUCUCAAAGGACGUAACUCCCAGCCAGCGGAGCGGAGCUGUUGAUGGAGACCCACAUCCGUACGGGGAUGUGGAGACGGCAUGAAUACUGGUGGACAACAAAACCCUCAGGGCUGUGUUACAUAGCAAAUUUAUUUUUAUACAUACACUUUAAGCCAUAUUGUAUAAAACUGAGCUUCUAGAAGAGUUGGGGUUUUGAAGGCCAUUAUAAACAUACUGUACCUACAGUAUGUUUUCUUAAAAGCACUGAUGUUUGAUAAGAAUGAAUGCCUUGGCUCUAUAGCUUUACUUUUUGUGCCAAAGAUAUGUCCCGAAUAGUACAUGAUUGAAGUCAUUUGUAUAGUCAGUCCAUCCCAGUUGCUGGGAAUCAAAGAUUGUAUCUUUUCUGUACUAUUUCUGCCUUAUGAGUAUCUUUUCUUUACACAUAUGACUUCUCCUGCAGAUUAUCAGCCAGAGCUAAUUCUGUGCUGUAAUGCUCAGACACACAGUGACUAAAAUGCACUGUCCCCGUGUCAUCCACCAGUGUUGUUAAAGCUGACUCAGAAGCUCUGAAGACUCAGUGUAAGAGCACUCUGAAGUCUUUAGGAUCGUGUUCAGGAUGUGGUAAUCAACACAACUAUGGAGUUCUCUGUUAACACUUUAUUUGCCGUGUUUCCUUUAUUGUCCAUGCCUAAAAUGCAAAAUGAAAAGGGUUGUAAAUUAUGUCGUAAAGGCCGACGUUCACAUUUUAAGCUUUGUGAGUUUCCAUAAGCAUUCCAAUUGUUCUGGUCUGACUUUUAACCAAGUUGUUUCGAGGUGAUGAUAUACAUACCUUACAUAUUUUGAUAGAAUUACAUUUUAAUCUUAAUUCUUGAAAUGUUUUAAAAGUGCAAUGCGUAGUAGAGCAAAUAAUCUGGUGCUGCUUUUGCAAGAACUAAUUGCUCAGGUAUGCAGCAGGUUUUUCAGAUAGACCCCUGAAAGUGAACGGAUCUCACACAGUAACCAGUAUUUCACUGUCUGUCGUGACUUGAGAGCUGAUGGUGAUUUAUUUGCAAAACCCUUCCAGACUUCACCUAAGCAGACCAUAUUUGAUUUUACUAUUAUGUUAUUAGGCAUUGGGUUUUAGAGUGAAAUAUGAGCCACAUUACUCUCCACGGCCAGAUGAAAGUCUGCACUGGGAGUCUACCUACAGUCGUUUACAGGGGCCCAUGGUAUGAGUAAUGCCCUAAAAAUAGGUGGGAAUAUGCUGCACUCAAUGACUACACAGAAACGAGCUCUUUGGGGCUCACGGGAAAAGCUCAUUUUAAGUCAGUGCGGAGGAAUGUCAGCGCCCUGAAAAUCUGCCACCAUUCAAAUCCACAUCUCCUCUGUGCUUCAAUGUUUUCCUCCAGCAUGUUCUUACGAGUCUUUUAAAUGCGGGGCUUGUUUGUGAAUGAAAACGGUGAAUUACAUUUUAUAUUAAUGGCCCCGAAAGAAGUAAGAUAUUUGCUAUUUUAUACAUUUGAAGAGCUUUGUUGCAAAAUAACAUAAAAAAUAUAUGAUCCAAUUUUUUUGUCAAUUUUGAAAAAUUUAUCAAUGACUAUUGGGUGUUCAUUGAGUUUAUUAAAAUAUAAUAUGCUAGAAUGAAAUCCUUUGGAAUAUUUUUCAGCAAGUCAGAUUUAAACGUGCAAUGCCAAAGAACAAAAGCUUUAUAUUAAUAUGUAAGAAAGACUUCAGUGCUAAGUCACUUUAUGGAUCACUAUGGUUGCUUCGCUUUUUAUUGUGCUGUAUGAUUCUUUUGAUACCAUUUAAUUCCACUGGCAUUACAGCGUAUACUGUACACAUCCACGUUUUCCCUCUGCAUCUGUUAAUUUGAUGCUAUACAUGUAUGCAGAGAAACCGACACUUGACGUUUUUUUUUUUUUUUUGGUAAAGUUUAACUGUGAUGAUUAUAUUUUGAUUCUGUUUGUUGUCACCGUUAAUCACACCGUUAUGUGGGGUUUUGUUCUGAGUAUACUACUGUCACUGAGUAUCAUUUCCAUUAUAGUGUGCUGUAUGUUUGAUGUUUAAAGUCAUGUUCAAGCUGUAUAUUUAUCUGUUGAUAAAUUUUAGAGUGAAAUUUCA